AUGGAUUUUAAUGGUCCGGGUGUUAGCUUAUUUCAGGGAAAUGAGCUAAACAAUAUUGAAAAUUUAAUUCAAAGGGAAGAAGAAGAAGAAGCUGCAGAAGAGCAAAAAAGGCGUGAAUUAGAGCUUAAAAGUAUAUUGGAAAACGCUUUUGAUGACGUUUCUUUUGAAAACGAUGAUGAGUCAAUUAGUAACGCAAGUCCAACCUAUUUGAAUCAUUCUUCAUUUUUUAAUUCUUCAAAUCGUGGAAAUGAAUUAAAAAAUGUACAGAAUGGAGUUUUGUCAGAUGCAGAACAAAAUGGACAAGGCAAUUUUUUAGAAAAUUUUAGUAAUUCAUCUAAAAGAUCUAAAAAUAGCUCUAUCAAAAGAAUGAACUUCAGUAGUGAAAGUGAAAAUUAUUCAGAUCAGUGUCGAAAAAAAAUGCAAAAUGGUAAUCUUCACGAUGUUGUCGAUGCAAGCGGAGGAGGGGAUGUAACUGAUUCUGCUCAUUUUCCUCGUUAUCUACAAAAAAGUCCUAUAAGUAACGAUAAUCAUUCCAGUGAUGGAUUAAUGAAUGGGUUAAGUGGGAAAAAAAAUGUUGAAUUUUUCAAUGAAGUGCUUGAUAGUAGUGAUCAAAUUAAAGUUUUAUAUGAUGUAAGAGUUAGAGAAGUGCACAGAUUAACUGAAUUAAUUGACUCUAUGAAAAAAGAACACGAUAUUUCGGAGAAAAACUUAAAACAUUUGUUGGCUCUUUCGCAAGCUGAAAAAGAACGUUUAAAUGUCAGUCAAAUGCAACUUCAAAGCUUACUUGUUUCUCACAAGGAGAAACAGGAAAUUCUAGAAAAACAUAUUGUUGAUUUAGAAAGUAAAUACAGUAAUGUUAGUGAUGUUAAUAAUGAACUUACAAAGCAAAUUGAAACGAAUAACAUCAUAAUUAAUGAUUUGGAAAGGAAAAUAAUAGUUUUAGAAAAGGGUAACAGAAGUAAUUUUGAUGCAGUGCAAUAUGAAUCGAAUAUAAAGGGUUUGAUAGAAAAGCAUAAUUUUGAAUUGAUGAAUUUAAAUUUGGAAAAUGAAAAAAUUAACAAAUUAAAUGAUGAGUUGGUUAAAGAAAACAGUGAGUUAAAAGUAAAAAUUAGUCAGUUAAGUCAAAUAAACGAUGAAAAUUUAGCUAAAAAAAGUGAAAUAAUAAGCAGACUUUCGAAGCAAGUUGACGAAGCUCAAAAACAAUGUGAAAAUCUUAUGAAAUCAUCAACGACUGAGGAUAACAUAAGGUUGCAAAUGGAGUUGAAAAUUGUAAAAGAAGAAAAACAAGUACUUAUGACAAGGUUGGAAGGUUUGGAAAAAGAAAUGACGAGGCAGGAAGAAGAAUUGCUGCAGUACGAUUCACUAGAAAAGUUAACUUCAUUUAACGUGUCUGAUUCGAAAAUUGACAGUUCCGACAUUAGCGGAAAGCUCGGCGCGGAAUUAUUCAAAGCAUUAAGCGGACAAAAAGCAAAAAGACAAGAAAUAAAAAAUUUACAGGGGGAAUUAAAAGAAAAAACAAACCAAAUAAAUUCACUCGUUGAAAGUGAUAAAACAUUAAAAAAUGAAAUAACGGAAUUAAAAAAAGAAAUAAAUAGGCUUAAUAUGGAACAUAAAAAAGCAGAAGAAUUAAUCGCGGUAAAAGACUCCGAAUUAUCAGAACUUAAGAAAUCAAAGGAUGUAUCAAAAAAAGAAUUGGAAUUUGCUCAAGAAGAAUUCGAUAGGGAAAAAUUAAAAAUGGAAAAUGAAAUUCGUUUGCUCAAAAAUAAUUUAGAUGUUUUAGAAAAGGAAAAAACUCAAACAAUAAAUAAUUACGGUGAGGAGUACAUGAAAUUUCACGAUGAAAGUUUGAAAAGGGUCAGAGAAGAAGUCGAGGAAUGUUUUAAAAUAGAAUUGUUGAAGAAAAAUUUAGAAAAUGAAAAUCUGCAAAAGGAAAUCGAAGACAUAAAAAAUUUAUACGUUGAAGUUUUUAGCGCGAAAGAAGCUUUAAUCAAACAAUUGGAAAAAGAAAAAAAUUUUAUUCGAAAUGGGGGUAGCGGCGGAGGAGGAGUCGUCGACGUCGACGAAGUUAAAAGACUUCAAAAAGAAUUGGAAAAAUCACGGUUGAGAAUUUUAGAAUUGGAUGAAACAUUGAAGCAACAAUACGAACAAGAAGUUGAAAUAUUGAAUUUGGAAAUAAAUCAGUUGAAUUUACAAUUGGAAAAAACGAAAAAGGAAAAGGAGAGGGAAAUUGCGGAAAAGGACAAGAUACUAAUCGAAAACGAUUUACUCAAAUCCGAAAUCGAACAGAUCACGUCGGAGAAAAAUUUGCUGUUGUUAAAUUUUGAAAAAUUGCAAAAAGACACGGAAGAAGUGAGUAAAAAUAUUUUAAAUUUGAAAGAGGGUGCGAAAAACGAAAUGAAAGAGCAGAAGGAAAAACACGAGUCGGAAAUGCAAUCGUUGAUUAAUAAAUACGAAGUCCUGAUAAGUAAAUUAAAAAAGGAGGUUGAAUUAACUCUCGUCAAAGCGGUGAAAUACGAGUCGACGGUGACACACUCGACGUCACCCAAAAAGCAAAGUACCAAAACGACGGGAUCCCAAUGUUCUCCCUCGUCGUUGGAAAAUAAAUUCAAAUCACCCAAAUCGAAAAUAUUCACGAAAGACACGUGUACGUCUCCCGUUGGACUUUUAACGACGGAUAGGAAAAAUUACAAAGAAACCUGUACGAGAAAUGUCGGAGUCGCGACCGAGCCGGAGCCUAAUAAAAUGUCGAAAAAGGAAGUUGUGGAAAUAUUGGAAAAAUUGGGAGCGUAUCACGAAAACGAAAUUAAAAUACUAGAGGGUAAAUACAAAGCGGCCCUCGGAAAACUUGAUAAGAAAUUUGAAUUGGAAAUCGAUAAAGCUCAAAAACUCAUACGGGGAGAAUUGGAAAAAGCUCACGCGUUGGAAUUGGAACAAAUGGAGGAAAAGCAUAAAAUCGAACUCGAAAAUAGAAUCGAACAGGAGAAGAAAGAAGCCGUCGCGGAUUUAAUCACGGAAUGGGCUUGCGAAGUUCAAAGUUUGAAAGCUUCACAAGCGGAAGCCAAAAUGGAAAUGGAAAGAAUGAGAAUAAAAUACAAAGCCGUGAAAAACGUCGCGUUGCAAUAUAAGAGUUUUUUCAAAAACAAAGCAGAACACAUGAAAGAAGAAUGGAAAAGAAUCGAAGGAGGAUACGAAAGCGCAUUAAAAGAAUUAGAAAAAAACGUACACAUAUUGGUUGACGUUAAAGAAGACGAAGUCAAAGCCAAAGUGGAUUCGAUAACGAAAUUAUACGAAAGGAAAAUAAAUAAAAUGAAAGAAAAAUUACACAGGUACGAAAAUAAAUUGAAAUGGAAAAAUCGGGAUAAGAAAUCCGCGGUUGAUUCGUCGUCGAGCGAUUUUGAAUUAUUAACCGAUUUGGAAUCUCCGAAAGGACCCCCUUUGCCUCCCUCCCUGAAUCCGUCAUUUAAAAUAAGACUGAAAAGCCCCGAAGGAAUUUUAUUACCCGAACCAUCGUCAGAUGAAAAUAAAUAA